AUGGAAAUGGCUGAAGGUAAGAUCAUACCUGUAGGCAAAUCAGACCAAGUCCUGGAAAAAAUCUGGCACCUAAACUUGCUAGGAAGAGAUGUGCUUCUGAAAAGUGAUCUGGAUAAUGAAGGUAUAGUGGAGUAUAUGCUUAGAUUGAUAUCUUUAACAAAAGAGCUGAACAAAUAUCUCAGCCAGCAGCUGGAGAAUGUUACAGAAAGUAUUCAAGACACCUGCCAAUUGCUGAGUGCUCUCUAUGACAAACACAAGGAAUUGACUGCAAGUCCAGAGUACAAUGGAAUUGUAGACUGUCUGCAGAAAGUGAAGGAUUAUUUGAUAAAUACAGUCUCACACCUUCAAGAGGCAGAAAAUACACUCUGCACUGCUAGCUGCAGACAAGAUGAUGGUUCUCAGAUCCAGACUGCUCAAAAUGCUUCUAAAGAAACAUCUGUGUAUUGUUCUGAAGGAGACUCAUUAGAGCCUGAGCAAGCAUCUUCUAGUGUCAGACAGCAAUCUCAAAGAACUCCUUCCCUGAACAAGAUGGAAAGUCAGAAUAUUGAACAAAUCCAGCCAAGGGAGAUUAAAACUGUGGAAAGAACCAUUGUUGCGUCAUUAGCUGAAAACAUAUCUGCUCAGGAACAGGACAUUAGCAGAGAACUGUCAAUGAAAAAGCGAGAUGGUGAACACAGACUACUACUGAAUACUAGUACAGAGAAAAAAGAUUACAAUGGAAGGGAUAAUCCUCAUGGAGGUAGCUCUGUUACUGAAAAGUCUCCAGAACUGGCUUUCGCAGAUGAUGUUAUGAGCAGUGAGGAAGGCAUUCUACCUGGGACAUGGAAAGAUUUUUAUGGCAGAAUUAUCCCAAAACCUUUUGAACAGGAAAACAAGGCAUCAGUCAAAGAACAUUCAAAAGGGGUAGAAAGUGAAGAGCAUAGACUCACGGAGCAAACUGAAGACAGUGAAAUGGAAGCAAAUCAUGAGAUAUGUAGGAAUGACCUGAUUACCUUCACAUCUUCAGCACAAAUAUCUAAUCUUCCUGCUGUGAGUCCUUCUAUGAAUGAUUCAGGAGUGCAGAAAUUUAGGCACUGGAUGAACAAAGAAUUUCUAGUGGAAGAGAGUGGUAAGAAUGAAAGGCAAGUAGCUUGUUUUAUUAAAGCCCCUGCAACUGCGCUGGAGAAUCUGAAGUGUACAAUAGUCAACGACGCUAGUUCCUUGGUGGUGGAUGAUUCUGAAGAGCUAGUCAGCAAUGUUAUCUGUAUUGAAUGUUCUGAUUAUGAGAAAAUAAUCCCUUUCCCUAUCAACGUUGCGAUCCCAUUUACUUCAUGCUUCAGAGGAAAUUAUCGGGAGAUUAUGGUGAAGAUGACUGACAUGAACUUUCAAUCAAUCUAUUUAACUCCUAUUUCUUUGGAGAGGUACCAAGGAAACCAUAAGGAAACCUUUGCAGAAGUGAAAAUUUACCAGCUGGGUGUAUUUUCUGUGUUGUCAUGCUUUAAGAAAGAAACAUUUACUGUUCCGGAGGUAGGACUUUCACAAAUGCUGAGUGUGGAUUCUAGAAUCUCUUUCUGCUACCAUCCAGAAACAUUCAGCUCCCCAGCACCCAUGCAGUUAAAGGUUCAGCCAAUUGAACCAUCGUUGAUUUUGACACUGAAAGCAAGACACGAUAUGUAUCACUCAGUAGUAUCUACUAGUGCACUGGUUUAUGUUCAGCAUCCUUCAGCCCAGCCAUUUAACAGCUCAGUCACUAUUACACUACCCUGUCCUCCAAACCCAGAAAAAAAAAGGCAAGUAGAUGGAACAGAACAUGUGAGAGCCAUUAGUGCUACAGUCAGGAGGGUCGCUACAGCAUAUCAUCCUAGGACUGCGAGUGCGUCUGUGAGAAAAAAUGGGGAGAACCUCAGUGAUACUUUGAAAUUACUAGGUCACAGAAACAAAGAAGAGGGGUGGAAAGUGUUUGAUGAUGUCAUUAUCCAGAAUGCGCGGAAUGGGCUUGUAUCAUUUGAACUAAAUGAGCAUUUAGAAAGAUUUGUGGUCGUUCGCCUUUCAUACCUCUUGGAAAACACAUACCUUCUCCUCUUUGCUCAGGCUCUGGAAGAAGCUCUUCACAGCACAAUGGUUAAUGUGAUACUGUAUCAGAAAAGAGAAAACCCAUAUCAAAUAGUAGUUUUGCUCUCUGCAUCUAAAGAAUUGACCCGUGAACUUCAAAAUCUCCAUGAUGAGGGCUACUUUGGUCCCCCAGAACCUACACAGCAGUUCCCAUUAAAAGAAGGAGAGCAGAUUCAUUUUAGAUUUAGAGGCAAUAUUUUUGCUUUAGAGAAUGGAGAAGAUUUCGGAAAAAUCUACAGGCUGAUUUUUCAUUCACAAAGAAAACCUAGGCUGGAGCUCAAAAUUAAAGAAGUGGAUGAAUUUGGUAACCACAGUUCACCUCAUUAUAAAGGAACAGCAGUGUUUUAUAAGAUUACCAGAGAGAUGGUAACGAAGAAAUGGGAACAACCCCUGCCAUGUGGUGAAUAUCAACACCAGUCCCCACUGUGUAAAUUAGCACUAACGUUACCAAAGGUAAGUCACACAUAGAAGUCACUGAUUGUUCUGAUCAGUCAGCAAUACAAACACCCUCAGAAUUUCUCUUAGCAG